AUGGACGACGAUUGCAGUGACCUAGAAAUAAUCAAAAUCAUACGGGACGGAUAUGCGCCAGUGCCAAGAAUCUACUACAUGAUAUGCGAGUCGAUUUUCUUUAUAAUGCUUUUUUCAAGCCUGGAUAAACUAGGGACAAAUGAUAAAGCAGAUAGAGAAAUAAAGCGUUUUCGUCUAUUCCAAGCAGUAUUUUUAUCGACUGAUCUGGUUCUCAUAUUGGCAAUGAUAAUCUACCGAAUUGUGACAAUAUUUAAAACUGUACCCAGUUACGAUUAUGCUGAUGAGUUCUGCACCGCGUUUACCGUGUACAACAUGACAAGAUUUGGUCUUACGUUACCAAAACUUUUCAAGAGCUCACGAGGAGAACACUUUAGUAUUUCCUCAGCUUCAAUUUCUCGAGGGCAAGUCUCACCUAUUCCUAUUCCUAUUCCUUUAACCCCUAUUACUCCCGCUGAAAUUAUGAAACGUCUUAAUAAAUAUGACUAUCCCAAUUCCGAUGAAUACUAUAAGAUGAUAGAGACUCAGUUGAAAGACGGCAUGCACUUUGACAAAGAUCGGAAUUGUGGAAAAUAA